AUGGCUAUUACACCAGAAACCACUGGAUCUGAGACAAACACUGGAAAUGGAAGUUCUGUUGCUUUGGACCAAACUAGUCCUUACUUUCUACAUCCAUCAGAUUCACCUCGGAUGACACUUGUGCUAACACCUUUUGAUGGAUCUGGAUAUGGUGCUUGGAGAAGAUCAGUUCUCAUUGCACUCUCUGCCAAAAACAAGCUCAGUUACAUUGAAUCUUUUUCUCCUAUACCUAGAUCUGAUUCAGCUGAGUUCAAAUUGUGGAGUAGAUGCAAUGACCUGGUCACUUCCUGGCUGCUGAAUUCUCUCUUAAAAAAAAUAGCAGGAAGUGUUAUCUACUCCAAAUCAGCUAAGGAUCUGUGGAAGGACCUUGAAGAUAGAUUUGGACAACCAAAUGGUGCUAUGCUUUAUCACCUGCAGAAACAACUUGCAGAUUUAGUCCAAGGGUCAUAUGAUACUGUAGGUUACUACACAAAAAUGAACAAGAUCUGGGAUGAACUUGACACUUUGUAUACCAAAGUGACUUGUUCUUGUGCUUGCAACUGUGGAGGAAAUGACAAAAUGAACAAAUCACUUUGA